AGAAAAUGGCUUCUUCCAUAGUCUUCCUUGCGGCUGCUUGCUAUCUCCUGCCACUCCUUGCAGCAUGGAAAGAUACUCCAGACUGUGUCUUUCCCUUCUGGUACAAGGACCGAUACUAUACUGCAUGCACCAGAGCUGGAGAUGAACAUGGGCAACUAUGGUGUGCCACAACUGAUAACUAUGACAGGGAUGGGGAAGGGAAGAGUUGUUCUACACAAGAGUAUGGAGGUAAUUCUAAUGGAAAUCCCUGUGUCUUCCCCUUCUCAUAUCUGGGAAAGAUAUACUACACCUGUACCACUAAAUUUUCAGAUAAGCCCUGGUGUGCCACAACAGGCAGCUAUGAUAAAAACAGGAAAUGGAGCUACUGUUCUGACUUGAGACAAGUUGGUGAACCAUGCUACUUUCCAUUCAUCUAUCAAAACCGCUCUCAUACAACUUGUAUAUCAGAGGGCUCAGCUGAUGGGGAGCCCUGGUGCUCUGUCACCGAAAACUAUGAUUUGAAUGGCAGGAGGAUUUCUUGUAAAGAUUCAGAUCCCAGGCCCUGCUAUUUUCCAUUCAAAUACGAGGACAGAUUUUACUGUUCGUGCACCAGGAAAGGAACUACUGAUGACCACCUAUGGUGUUCCACAACCCCAGACUAUGACGAGGACAGUCAAUGGAAAUCAUGUUUUCUUCAAGAAUAUGGAGGGAACUCUCAUGGUGAGCCCUGUCACUUUCCCUUUUUCUACAAGGAGGAAAUCUACCAUAACUGCACCAGUGAGGAUGAGCCAACUGGGAGACUGUGGUGUUCUACAACAUCAAGCUUUGAUAACAAUGGGAAAUGGGCAUUCUGUGCUGAUGGAGUCUUGCCAAAUAAUACGACAUGCGUCUUUCCUUUCACGUACAAAGGUGUUUCUUACUCAUCUUGUACAAAAAAAGGGUCAUGGAGGAAGAAAUUCUGGUGCUCUCUGACAAGCAACUAUGAUGUCAACCAUAUGUGGAAAUACUGUGACUCCACAGGUGUGGAAAGUGGAUGUUCAGAUCAGUCAUAAGUACUUAUCUCUACUUACUUUAUCUGCAAGGUUAUUGGACCGAUGUCCUGGACACUUGUGAUUCCAAUGAUGCUAAUUCACAAAUGGGAUGUGUCUCACAUUCCUCUAGUUCUACCCUGUUUCCUUCUAUGCCAUUGAUAGGAAUAAAAUCUUUCUCAUAUACU